AUGUUGGAUGCUAUCUGGUUGUCGGAAGAGGAGCUGGGAAUGCUGUUCGGCCCCUCCUUACAUGGGGCCGACAGUCCAUCCAGCCGAAAGUCGAUGAGCCAAACCCCACCGACCGUCAAACGUUCGGUUAACAAGACGAGAAAAAAGACAGGUAUGUAUGCGGCGAAGACCAAGCCUAACAUGUUGCUACCUAAAGUCGUCCCCGCUCGCUGCGGCUACCGAACGGGCAAAUGUCCGAACGUACAGGCGUUUAAACGCAAUGGGAAGCUGCACAAGCUGUGUGAGUUCCACCGCGAGCGUGCCAACUUGAAUCAAAAGAAGUUGGACCGCAAGAAGCGGAUGCAGCGCUCCAAGCUCUCAACUACUGGGUCGCCGACCCCUUCCUCGUGCACCUCUCUCUCGUCGGAGACGGAAACCUGCAGCCUCAGUGCUGGCUGCUCACCGUGCACCGUUGAAGUCGUGGUUUCCAGCAGCAUGUUUGACAAGACCCAUCCCAAGGACGAGCUCGACAUGGACGUCAUCCUACCCACCAAUCUACACGAAGCUCCGUUGGUGCUCAGUCAUGAAGAGCUCGCUAUCUUCUGCAGCCUCAUGACCUUUGAUGCCAAUCACCAUCGAGAUGUAGCGAGUCGAGAGUUGCCGGGCCACACACCAUCGUGCCAUAAUUACACGAGGACCGUGUGA